CUUCUGCCCAGACUUUCCAAUAGCGGCUACUUGAACUUUAAUAUUCCGUCUCCUAGUCGGAAACUUUCACAUUCCUCAGGAAUUAAGUUUAUUCUCCGAAGAGAUAGCCAUAGAGAGUAAGGCUUCUCACGAGGCCAGCUGGUAGUGGGGUCCUGAAUCAAGUGAUUUUUGAGUCGACUCAAGAGUCCUGAAUCAUGGCUUCCGCUUCGUCCCAGGCUGGCUACUUAGCGAAGCAGGGUCUGAGUCUCUUAUACAGCGCCACUGUAACGGGGGUGAACGCGGUGUCGACAGGAAUCAGUAUGGCGUACAAGCACUGCGCGGAUCUGCACGAACGGGAGAAAAUCGAAUCUAUGCGCAAGGCAGGAAAGCGACCAGAGGAUGUCAUCGUCGCAGCCCUUCAGCGACUGCUUCACCUGGAAAUGGCGGGUUACCACCACGAAGUCGCUGCUGUUUCGCAAAAGAUCGCGACCAAGCUGGGCACAGCGGACGACAGGAGCAGCGUGGAGCAUCAGACGCUGCAGGCACUCAGCCAGACGCUCAUAGAAGCAUGUCGUCAGCAUGGCAUGGACGUGACGUCAUCUGUGAAAGGCGGAAGGCUGGGAUUCCAGGGCCUGGAAGACUUUUUGAAUUCCUCGCGGAUGGGAACUGACCACUACGAUCGCGACAAGCUGGUUACUGACCUGUAUUUCGCCUUCCUGUUCGCUCAAGAUGACGCUCAAGGCAGCAUGCAACGCAUUGAAGCAGCAAUUAACGAAGCAGUGGAAAGGCUUAUAUCAGGACCAACCCGAGACUGCCUGUCGCCUUUAUCCCCCUUGAGCCCAUCGUCUGCCGACCAUCUCUCUCCUUGUAAAAGCGGAGGAGGGUUCUCCUCUGGCUGCGUCCGUGCUGCUUCUGUCAACGACCUCCCUGCUUAUGCGCGCCCAGACGCCUUCAAACUGCCUCAGGCCCCUCCCUCAGCUACUUCUUAUUCUUCCAGCAGCAGCAGAGGCGGUGCCAGCAGCAGCAGCAGUGGGUCCAAAUGGGGCGCAUCUGCUUCUUCAGUGAGCAGGAAGGCAGGAAACAAGCCAUCUCCUGUUGUGGCAACUGGCACAGAUGAUGAUAAGACGUCUGACGGGCUGAUGGUGCUGAAGCGGCUGGCAUGCUGCAUGGCGAGAGCAGCAGCAGAGGCAGAGGCGCGCAGGCAGAGGGGGCUGCAGGACGCACAGGAGGUGGUGAGGCGGGAGCAGGAGAAGGCGAGUCGAUCAGUAGCCAUGGCCGAGGGAACGAGUGGGGGUGUGCCCAUGGGUGGGGGCAGGCCCAUUCCAUCAGCACAAGGCGGUCACAGCGCUGCGGGUGGUGCAUGGGGCACUGCCUCGGCUAACAGUGCUUUCUCUGGUGGUGCUCCUGGUGUGGCUGGUGCAAGGAGUGUGGCCGGCCCAUCUGCUGGCAGUUCUGCUGCUGCUGUGUCCAACUGGAAGGGAGGCAACUGCAGCGCCAUGCCUGUGGAUGCGGCUGUUGGUGCUUAUAACAGGGGAAUGGUGACGGGGGAGCUGGUGGUUAUGUGGCGUCUGGUGGGGCUGGGAAAGGCAGUGGAGGGGGGUGGGGAGGGAAGAGUGGUGGGGGUUGGUGAUAGUGCUGGAGUGGAUUGGGGGGGAGGGAUGAAGGAAGAGGAAGAGGGGGGGGGGGGCGGAGGGGAGAGGAGGGAAGGGGUAGCUGUAACAUGAGGGGCCAGUUGGUGUAAAUUGGUCGGUGAAGCUAAAGAGACUGGGACAGUUGAGAGGAGAGCACCCAUGCUUGCUUAGGCAGGCAGAUCAAUAAGCAGGUGUGCUUCCAAGGGUAGAACAAAAAUCUGGAAUGGAGUAUA